CCGCGCCACCACCUCAAGGGCCGGGCGGGGCCAGGGCCAGAGCGCGAGGCCGGGCGAGGCGCGGGCAGAGGGUCCGGGAGUGGGACUGGAAUCGGGACCCAGAGCAGGACAGGAGUGGAAGCCAUGGUGUCGUCUGGGUCGGCGAGGCCGCCGCAGCCGCUGCUGCUGCUGCUGCUGCUGGUGCUGCUGGCGGGUGCGGCGCGGGCCGCCCUCCACUUCCGCCCGGGCCAGAGCUGCUACCGGCCCCUGCGCGGGGACCAGCUGUCCAACCUGGGGCGCAGGACGUACCCACGACCUCACGAGUACCUGUCCCCGCUGGAUCUGCCCAAGAGCUGGGACUGGCGCAACGUGAAUGGGGUCAACUACGCCAGUAUCACCAGGAACCAGCACAUCCCCCAGUACUGCGGCUCCUGCUGGGCCCACGGCAGCACCAGCGCCAUGGCGGAUCGGAUCAACAUCAAGAGGAAGGGGGCGUGGCCCUCCACCGUCCUGUCGGUGCAGCACGUCCUGGACUGCGCGGAGGCCGGCUCCUGCGAGGGCGGCAACGACAUGGAGGUCUGGGCCUACGCGCACAAGCACGGCAUCCCCGACGAGACCUGCAACAACUACCAGGCCAAGGACCAGGAGUGCAACAAGUUCAACCAGUGCGGCACGUGCACAGAGUUCAAGGAGUGCCAGCCCAUCCAGAACUACACCCUCUGGAGGGUGGGCGACCAUGGCUCCGUCUCCGGGCGGGAGAAGAUGAUGGCGGAGAUCUACGCCAACGGCCCCAUCAGCUGCGGCAUCAUGGCGACGGAGCAGAUGGUCCGGUACACGGGGGGCAUCUAUGCGGAGUACCAGGAGCAGAGCUACAUCAACCACGUCGUUUCCGUGGCGGGGUGGGGUGUCAGCGACGGGACCGAGUACUGGAUCGUGCGGAACUCGUGGGGUGAACCCUGGGGCGAGCGGGGCUGGAUGAGGAUCGUGACCAGCACCUACAAGGACGGGAAGGGGGCGGACUACAACCUCGCCAUCGAGGACGCCUGCACGUUCGGGGACCCCAUCGUCUAAGGCAGGCGUCUGGGACGCGCAGGUCUCCUGGGAAUGUCGUGAACGGAGACCAGAGGACCCUCGGCCCUGGGUUGUUCCCAGCCCUGGGCUGGCGCUGCUGUGACCUGGAGGGACUGAGGGCGGGGACGCCAGGAACCCGCCCAGAGGCGCGUCUUGGACUGCGCGGAGGACCGUCUGCCCGCCCGAGAUGUGAUCGAGACACAUUGAAUGCGAGUUCUCCAUUCUCUUCAAUGGAUGCACUUUCUUUGGUAUUUUCGCUUUGGCAACUGUGGUCUAUAAAGUGUCAUUUAUCGCCAGUUCUUUUGUCACCUUGCAUGUAAUAGGAGUGGGGAGGCAGGGGGGCGGGGCAGUUUCAAGUCGCCCCAGUGAUGAACACACACGGGACUUGAGGGAGAUCGGCGCCCGGGCCUCCUUCCCACACAGAACAACACGGCACCGGACUAGGGUCAACCCAGCGUAAGGGCUUUAUUUGUUCUUGGAAAAUUAAAACAAUUACAUAAAACCUC